UGAGGCAUAUUUUGAUUUCAAGUGGUUUGUUAUUGAUUGCAACAUGGCUAAGACCAUAAAUACCGUUACGCUGCUAGGCUUAUUCAUUUGCUGUGCCCUGGUUACGUCCGUUUAUGGUGGCAACGAUUAUUUGUGGGGUGAGAUUGGGCCCAAUGACUAUCAUCUGGCCAAGGACACCGUCUCGAAGGCCUUCUUUGUCGGCCUGGUGCAGACGAAGAAAUAUGUCUUCAAGCAGAAGAAUGACCUCAAUGCUUUGACAAUCACGGCCAUUAAAGUCACCGAUAAGAAGAAGAGCAAUGGUGCCACAGCCGUUUUAACCUCCGGCGGACCUGGAUCCAAGGGUGCCACCAUUGUGUUCACUUCGGAACGUGGCUCUGGCAUCAAGGAUCUUGUCGAGAUUUGGGGACGAUAAGCAUGCAUAUAAAUAUCCUAUAUACAUAUAUAUAUAUAUAUAUCUUCUUGGCUAUCUAGUAAGCCUAAAAGUAUACCAUAGAGCGAAAAAAAAAAUACAUUUGUGUGCUAUAAACGACAAUAGACAAAUUUAAAGUAAUUCCUUUGAGAAAAUUAUUUCUUUACAAUCACAACAAAAGCUAACGACUUUUUUAGUAAAUACAUACAUUGCAUAUCAAUCAGACUAUAUUAGAAAAUUGUAAAUUGACAAUUUAAAUGUAUCUUUCAUCAGUCUAUAACCUGAAGAAGUUAUUCCUACAUAUAAAAAAUAGCAAUUCAAAUAACUCAUUUCAUAGUUGUGCGAUCCACAAGAGAAAACUUUCUCAAUCCAAGAUUGAUUGAUUAUUGAUUUAAGAUUUUUCCCCCCAGAUUAACCCAGACCAAAGAGAAUAUUAUAUUUUACAUUAUGAAAUUAAGAAUUUGAAAUUAGUAUUGAUCAAACUACAACACGAAGAAUGCGUUCUUAAAAAUAAGAAAAAAGAAAUAAAAGAAACUUACUGAAAUGAGA